AGUAACUUUUUUUUUUCUGGUUGCAAAAAACUAGAGCGUUUUCUAUCCCAAAAUAAAAAACAAAAAAAAAAGAGAACAUGGAGAAAGUUAUGCGCAUGAUUGUUUCUGGUGCUUUAACCGUGGCAAUUUUGCUACAAGUCACAACAGCAAAAACAGAGCAUAUAGUUGGGGACAACUUUGGUUGGUCUAUACCAAUUAAUGGCGCUUCAGCUUACACAAUGUGGGCUGAUGCAAAUACCAUCAAAGUUGGCGACACCCUAGUUUUCAAAUUUGUCAAAGGCAACCAUGACGUGCAAGAAGUAUCAAGAAGCUCAUUUGAAGAGUGCAGUACGAGAAAUUCUAUAGGCGAAGCUAUCAUGACAGGGCCUGCAAAGAUCACUAUUCAAACUCUUGGUGAGCAUUAUUACAUUUGUACAGUUGGCCAGCAUUGUUUAGCUGGUCAGAAAAUGGCCAUUACAGUUUUAGCCGCUAACUCCUCCAACACUCAGGCGGACAGCACUCCACCUCCUCCAUCUUCCUCAACUUCUGUGUUCGCGAGUAUUCUGUUCAGUUUAUCUUCAAUUGCACUGACCAUUUUUCUCUGA